CUGUACUGGACGAACGAUGACUCUGGUGACGUUUGUGAAAUCUGUUUAGCAAAAUCUGUACUACAUAUUUAUAUAUAGAUACGAAAGGCUAAAAAAGAUGCUCCAUGACAUAACAUUUGGCUGCUUUACACAGCCACGAACACGUCACACAUCAACAUCAAACCUAAUAUAGUUUUCUUGGCAGUACUGCUAUUGCCAGUUUCGCCCGGACAACAUUCAAACUUACCAUGAUAUUCUUACGUACUUAUGCAAUGAUAAGAAUUCAGGAGGUUGAUUCGACGGAGGUAUAUUCAUGAGCAACGUCAUAAUUUAAGUUUCUUGCGUAAACUGAUCCUUGUUGCGAAGUUCGUUCUUGAAACUUAAUGCAAUUGUCCCAUUCUUUACGAAAGACGAAAAAGAAAAUGGACGACUCGAAUUAUGCCGAAAAACUACAAAGAACACGAUAACAAAAGAUGUCCGCCAUCGUAGGCGAGGUCCGUUACGCGAACGGAGAUCGGUACUCACACCACGGCGUGUACGCGACUACUCUUGGCCGUAGUUAUGUCGCACAGUUUUCUCCUGCUGACGCAGACGCCGCUAAUGUUAAGGCUGCAGCUGCUCCAUUUUUUCCAUUAUAGGUUUCGUCACUCAAGAACUGGAUACACAGAGGGUGAUGAUAGUUCGUUGUACCCUUUAAGGAGAAGGAGUUCCACCCUCCAUUAUAAUUACAACCUCUCUAAAAUAGUUGACGGAGCAGGGCGACGGCAUGGAUCCGGAGCAGAGAUCAUUGCCGGUGGUUGUUGUUUUUUAACGCUUUUAGGCGAGUUCCGCCACGAUGAGUUUUGCACGGGAUUGGUGCGUUGUACAAGGACAAGUGCAGGAGGAAGUACAAGCACAAGCAAAAGGAUUACUUUUGAGGAGCAGCCGCAAAGAAGUGACGAGAGUGAGAGACUACAACUUGCGAGAGGAAGAGGUGGACACCGACAUCAUGACGCAAUUUACUUGGGAGACUUUAAUCCUGCGUCUCUUUCUGGUUCUGCGUCUGAAGUUUUUAAGGCCGCGGGUUAGAAAUAAUGAUUCGGUCGUAAUGGUAAUUACCACAACGAACAUGUUGCAGAUUCUCCAGGACGGCGACUGUAACUACAUGAUAAAAAGAGCCUGCUCACCCUCUAGCUCUAAGAAAUGAGAAAAUCAAGAUACAACUAGAACUAAGUAGAAACGCAUCGGCGUCUUUCUGCUCUUUUACUAGAAACAAAGUAGAUCGAGAUUUCGCUUCUAACAGGUCCUGCCACCCUGUUCCUGUCCUCAGACGUGGUUUGGUUAUAGAUGCCAUCAGUGGACGUGUUUUAGAGCAACAUUUCAGAGAAGAUGACUUCGAUGAAGAAACUACGGCUUCUGGUCCUACUCCUAGCAGUCCCGAAAAUGAAGAAAAGAACCAGGCGAAGCGGACUACCGCGACCGGAAACGGGGGCCUAUGCUCACAACGUAAUACGUCGAAACAUCAAGAAGAUGACGAGGGAACAGAAGACUCGAUGGGAGGAAGUGCUUCCAUAUUCAAGCUGCGGCAGAUGAAACUUGCGUCUACAUCUUCGAACAAGGAGGUUCAAUCAUAUGAGAUCGUUUUGAACGAUGAACUUUUACAACGCACUUUUGGUUUUGGUUUCGAUAGAGGAAGCGGUGGAGCAGCAUUGGAUUUUUUAAACUUGGCCGGAGCUUGUCGCAUGAGUGCUCGCUUAUGACGAGAUUAGUACUCGCUUUUUCCUCAUAUUGAAGUCGUCGACUCGAACCUAUAUUAGAAAAACGAUCGUAUAUAUCCAUUCUAGUUACUUGCCAACAUUCCUAAACAGAAGGCUUCCAUCACUGGUUUAAAUGUAAAUAUGAAAACUUUAGCUGGAAGAUGUACUCUUGCCUCUUCAUAUUGCGAUGCGCGAUUUUAUCUGAGACGCGAAUUUUCCUCUGUCUUGGGUCAACGAGUGGAAUUGCCAGUGGUUUCGAAGUUGGAUUCGAAAAAUAUUCUUAGCGACGCAGAACGUGCCUCCAGAGCGAUAAAUCGAAGGAAUGAAGCGAAAGCAGAGGAAAAGAAAGACGAAACAACUGAUAGAAGUACUCUUACGAUAUCGACCCAUCUUUCCCUUUCGACAGAGCAAGAUGAGGACAAGCAAAGAACAAAAGCGAUAGAGGGUGUAGUUGAGAACGAAGAUGCAGCUUUAUUGCCGAUCUAUCCGAAUUCCCUUUUUUUCUGUGCGAAAGGCGAACCGAUGACAAUUGAGAAAGAUGGAUUCCGCUACGUACGACCGCGAGGCGGUCAAAACAAGCGUUGGCUUGUUGUCGACAACUUAGGAGUAUGCUAAUGUGAAUAUGAUUUAGACAUAGAGUUAGACUUAGACAAGAAAGAUGGAAAACCUACUCAACAUCUUUUUUUGGUACUGAUAUAUGCCCGUCACUUCAUGUUGAAUGUAAAAUUUAAAUGUUAACUUAGUCAACGUCAACAUAAUUAGACUGAAAGAAGCAGCACGCUGUAAACCUAAACGGAGGGUUCUUGUUGUUGUUGGGAACCUUGUGAAUGUUCUAAUAUAACCCAAACCAAAAAUCACACCGACUAGUACUUCUAUGGUGCGACGUGAUUUGUACAGACUGAGGAAAGCUUUGGCGCGUCGAUCUUCAGACACAACUGAUGAAAACCUUGCGAAACUUCUUGGCUUUACAGAAAGGGGAAGCAUCCUUUUUUCCUUAGAGGUGUCACGUGCGCGCUUGCUCCGGGACGUGCUGUUUAAGGUUCACAGAACUAAUUGAAUUCAUUGUAGAUUAAUAUGGCUCAUCUUCUCCUGCGAAAGCGAAUGCGAAUCUUGUCCGUUUCUGCCGUAUGUUUGAAAAUUCUGAGACUAUGUAUAUGAAUUGGUUGACUCCUCUGCGACUAUUUUUCAUUACAAAGAUCAAGAUUUGAUCGAGCAAUAAUGAUCAUAGAAUUACUAUGAGCUGCUCUUCUAGCUCUUGCUCUAAGUGAUCCAUCAACCGUUUGGACUUGGAUUUCCUUGAGACAGCUCUGGGCGUGGUGUCAGGCUUGAAGUUCUUACAUUACUCAGCAGACCUGGUCUAUGGCUGUUUGUAUAUGGCGCCACUGAUUGAGAACGAAGAAAGGGAAUUUAAUUAAGUGUCUCAAUGAAGAAAAGAAACUAGGAAUUUAAUUAAGUUGUCCAAUGGUCGUUGUGCGUCUACUUCGAAGGGCUGCGGCUUAGGAAGGCUAGUAUUUAUUUUUUUACGUCCUUCAAGGGUUGGCUCUCAGCCGUUUCUAUAAAACAUUGAACUAGUUCAAAAUUGAACUAGUUCAAUAGUUCAACUCGAGGCGAGGGGAUAGAAAAACUUCUGCCAGGUCGAGGGGUGGCUGCCUUGCGAUCUGUGCCCGGACUGAGUUGCAUUCCCUUCGCUGCGCGAGUGAGUCGGCGCUGCGCGAGCGAGAGCGAGGCAAGCCCGCGCUGCGCGGGCGAGUCCGACCCGCGCGAGCGCGUCCGCGCGGCGCUACUGGGCGGCCCUACUCUGCGCGAGUGAGUCGGCUCGCUCGGCGCGAGCAAUAAGCUCUGCGCUGCGCGAGCGCGCCGGCGCUGCGCGAGCAAGGAAGCCGGCGGCGCGCGAGCGAGUGGAGUGCGCCCGUUCCGCACGGGCGAGCGAGUCUGCGCGCGCUGCGUGAGGGAGUGAGUAGAGUCCCUCCGCGCGGCGUGGGUGAGUCUGCGUUGAGUGAACGAACGAGCAACGCGCGCGCGAGCGGGUCUGCCCGGCGUGCACGGGUCUGCGCCUCUGCGCGAACGAGUCUGCGCCGGGCAGCGCGAGCGAGUCUGCUCUGGGCGAGUGAGUCGACGGGUGUGGCGUGGGCUAGCUUGUCUGCGCUGCGUGAGCUUGUCCGCGCUACGCGGGCGGGCCUGCGCUGCGCGGGUGAGUCUGCGCUGCGCGAGCAGUGAGUCCGCGCCGCGCGAGCGAGUCUGCUCUGCGCGGGUGAGUCUGGGCUGCGCUCAUUGUUCGAACAUGAAGGGCAAGGUUCGGCGUGAUUCCCUUUCAAAACAAAUUCUUAAUCAGUGGCAUCAUUCAAUUUGCCGAGCCUUACAGUUGCCAUGGAGAUACAGACGUUGGCCUCGAACGCGGAAGCUUCUCCUCCUGACACUGAUGUUGAAUUCACCUGGCAAAUGUUGAUGGGAUUUUUGCAAGAUGAACACUUAAGACUUCUUGGUACCCUGCUAAUUCUUGAUGCAUAUGUUGACGAGAAACCUCAUUCACAUCUUGAAAAGCAUCGACCUUCGUCUUAGUUUUGGCAGCUGUUUCUUUUUUUUGUAAGAAUGGGACAUUACAACAUACUUAAUUUGGAUAGUAAUGCUAGUAGUGUUACUACUAUUUCUAUUACCAAGAUGUUGAUCGCUGCUGUUGAUGAAGAUGAGGUGAGUAAUGAUUUCAGUAUUAAGUAGAGUCCUCUAAAAACUGAGGCUUCAUCUGUUGUAGAGGAAGUUCGAGGUGAAGCUCGAACAACUGCUGCUCCUGCUCGCACUGACGACUCGAGAACGGGCUACGCCACGUUAUCUGAGGACACCAUGUUAGCCGAGGUGAACGAUACUACAAAGGAGGUCGCUAGCACUACAGCACCGGAGCGCGAUAUUAAUUCGCCGAAUCCUCGUGCUAUAAAUAUAGUUAAAACUUCUUGUACUGCUACAGCCGCGCCAGAGCAUCACGCUGCCCCACCAGAGGAACGCCGGCUCAUAGGGAAACAGCCCAAAGCAGACGAGGCGAGCAAAGCCAGUCCGACUCCAAUAGAAGAAGUGAUUGACGAGGAGAAACGCCAAGCUUCUCUUGACCUGCCUAAACAAGAGGAUCCGAAGAGUAUUCCGCCGCUACCUGCAAAUACUGGGGAGCGGAAAACCCCUAUAGUGCAAGCAGUGGUGAGUGAGGCGCCUGCGGAAGAUAGAAGUACUUCGCAGGUGGUUUCGAAGAUGCUAACAGGAGACGAGAGUCGACUUGAAGAUGAUAGCUCGGCUGUUCCUGUUGCGAUAAUCUUCAGAAAACCGCCGCCACCUCCUCCAGCCCCUAGGUUGUGCUCAUCAUUUUCGGCUCCAGCAGGCGGUUUACCGAUGAACCUUCUAGACAAGCAGAAGUCUCAGUCUUCACGACGAGAUAACGUUUCUGGAAGUGACACCGCACCUGUUCCCGACCAAAGAAGAGAGCAGGAACAAGAAGAGCACAUGCACAGUACGCACAUGCACACUGCACCUACAGGAGCAGCAGUAAAGUUGAACCAACAGCAAAAUAUAAAGCCUCCACCUGUAGUAGAAGUAGAAGACGAGGUGUCAAAAUCUCCGACGCCGCUAGUAGAGGUGUCACCUCCGAAGUCAGCGUUGGUCGACAGUGGCAAAUCCCUGGCUGAUGUUGUGCUACGCAGCACGACCAAUUACAACGAAGAUACUCCUGCGAAACUCAGAGAGGACGCAGCAAACCUGCAGACGGGAGCUAUAUGUCUAGAAUACCUGGAUCCCUCGAUGUCUGAUCUGUCGUGGCGCUGUCCCUUAAGGCUUAAUCUUAAGGGAAAUAAUCAGCGCGGAAGAUCAGCACGUGGCAGAUCCAGGAAGUUGAAGCAUUCAAGAGCAUCAACUUUUUUGAAAAAUAAGGCUCUACCAAGUAUGUUAGAUGCAGGACGGUCCAUGUAUUCUGCAGGAACCAGGUUCUUAGGCGAAAGUAAAGCUGCGCUGGGCGAUAUAUUUCUAGCACCUUUGGAAGUUGGCGGUGCUGGCCGUGCUGUUGAGGAAGAUGAUGCUCACGAGGAUGAUGCUCACGACCACGAGGAUGAUGCUCAUGAUGAGGAGGUCGUUCCCAGAGGUGCUCCUGGUAUUAGUGAAGAUGAUGCUCGCGAGGAGGUAAUUCCCAUGAGUGCUGCUAGUAUUGAUGAAGAGGCUCACGACCACGAGGUCGUUCCCGCCAGUGCUCCUUCAUGUAGCAAUGAAGAUGAUGCUCAUGCUCACGCUGGGACUCAAUAUGGGUCUAACGAGGAUCUUCCUGAAGAAAACAAGCAGCAUCAGAGGUCUGACGAAUGCAAGGAUGUGCAAAGGGAAAACGACACUGCUGCUUACGAUCAGAGUGUGAGAGCAACGAGUAGUAGGUCUGCUCCUCUUGAUGUGAGCGAGGAUUCUGGGCAGGGUUUACUUGGUACUUCUCAAGCGCUAAAAAGAACCUUAGUCGAAGAACCUUCUUCGGGACUCCGUAACAUCAAGGAAAUAACAGUACACAAUGCAGCGUCGAGUUCCUUUGAAAUUUCGAAGAAAGACUACGAAGAUAGUAGAGAAGGAGCAGCAUCGUCCGUCGUUGCUGCAGCAGCAUCAAAUACUCCACCUAGUACAACCAGUACCAGUAGCAAACAAUUGAAGGAUGAGUCUCUGUUAGACGAGGAGCUGGACAGACUUUUUGGCGAUCUUGGUCUUGACUCAAGAAAUGCAAAACCUCCUAGUAGUAAUUCAAAUUCUAUUGCAGCUUCCGACGUUGCGCCGCUGAUGCCAAGUAGUCAUAGCAAUAGCUCAACAUCUUCAAUGAGGCUGCAACGUAGUAAAGAAGAAAAUGUUCUUGUCGUGUCAUCAUAUUCAUCCCUACUACCUUCUUCGAGUAGAAGUAAAAAUCAUAGCAAAAGCUUGCUAGUGGAUACCGACUUCGAUGACGUGUUUGCAGCUUUUGAGUUAGACCUUCUUGAGGGGUCACUGUCACAUAAAAUGAUGGAAGAGCAAGACGAACAAGACACACAGCUAGUAAAAAAUAGAAGUGGUAGCUUUACUACUUUCAGACCUGGUUGUACUAAUGCACCGACACCAACGUCGGCACAAGCGGGUGGGCGGCCCUCGUUGUUUGAAGCAGUGGACGAAGUAGGUGUAGUAGAAAAUGAAGGUGUAGGUGAAGAACCCCUAGAACAA